GUGUUGCUUCGCCCAGCCGAAAGGCAGAAGUUGAGAGGAGUUGGUAGCUGCCUCAGGCCGGCCGGACUUCGCGAGCAGCAGAGAGGAGAAGCCGCCGCCUCCGCCGCGGAGCCUUCGGGGCUGCCUCACUCCUGCUUAGCCCGCAGCGCGGGAGGAGACGGGUGGGGAGGGGGUCGGGUGCGCGAGAAGAACUUGAAAGUGUGAAGGAAUCCGAAGCAGAUGAGAAGGGAGGAAAAUAAAACAAAGUGGAGACUGCAGAAAAGACUCAACCGUGGUUGAUUGUAUCGCCUGACGCUCCAGCAGAGGGGCUGGGUUGGGGUGUUUUUUUAUUUUAUUUUUUUCCCCAUUCUCUCUCCCUCUUUUUUAAAGCUACACCAGCUCUCUCUUUCUCUACUAUCUCUGUAUCACCAAACCCUUGCUGGCUCUUAUGGGCAUGAAACACUCCUCCCGCUGCCUGCUCCUAAGGAGGAAAAUGGCGGAGAACGCUGCCGAGAACACCGAGGUGAACAGUCCCCCAUCCCAGCCCCCUCAGCCUGUCAUCCCACCCAAGCCUGUGCAAUGUGUCCAUCAUGUGUCCACCCAACCCAGCUGCCCAGGGCGAGGCAAGAUGUCCAAGCUGCUUAACCCAGAAGAGAUGACCUCAAGAGAUUAUUACUUCGACUCCUAUGCCCACUUUGGGAUCCAUGAGGAAAUGCUGAAAGAUGAGGUGCGAACGCUCACUUACCGCAACUCCAUGUACCACAACAAGCACGUAUUCAAGGACAAAGUGGUGCUGGACGUUGGGAGUGGCACUGGGAUCCUUUCCAUGUUUGCUGCCAAAGCUGGGGCCAAGAAGGUGUUUGGGAUUGAAUGUUCCAGUAUUUCUGACUACUCAGAGAAGAUCAUUAAGGCCAACCACUUGGACAACAUCAUCACCAUAUUUAAGGGUAAAGUGGAGGAGGUGGAGCUGCCUGUGGAGAAAGUGGACAUCAUCAUCAGUGAGUGGAUGGGCUACUGUCUAUUCUAUGAGUCAAUGCUCAACACAGUGAUCUUCGCCAGAGACAAGUGGCUGAAACCUGGAGGGCUUAUGUUUCCAGACCGGGCAGCUUUGUACGUGGUAGCAAUUGAAGACAGACAGUACAAGGACUUCAAAAUCCACUGGUGGGAGAACGUCUAUGGCUUUGACAUGACCUGUAUCCGGGAUGUUGCCAUGAAGGAGCCUUUGGUGGACAUCGUGGACCCAAAGCAAGUGGUGACCAAUGCCUGUUUAAUAAAGGAGGUGGACAUUUACACAGUGAAGACUGAAGAGCUAUCAUUCACAUCUGCGUUCUGCCUGCAGAUACAGCGCAAUGACUAUGUCCAUGCCUUGGUCACCUAUUUUAAUAUCGAAUUUACCAAGUGCCACAAGAAAAUGGGGUUUUCCACAGCUCCUGACGCCCCCUACACUCACUGGAAACAGACUGUCUUCUACUUGGAAGAUUACCUCACAGUCCGGAGAGGGGAAGAAAUCUAUGGAACCAUAUCCAUGAAGCCAAAUGCCAAAAAUGUGCGGGACCUCGAUUUCACAGUAGACUUGGAUUUUAAGGGACAACUGUGUGAAACAUCUGUAUCUAAUGACUACAAAAUGCGUUAGCACAUGUGGGAAGCUGCAGAGAGCAAGCGAGCGAGAAAAGAAACUCUCACCUCAGUCUGCUGCACUUGUACUAAGGAAACCUGUUUGCAGGACUACACACUUGAAACCUGGAGUUGUAAACUCUGCCUGGAAGAUUGCUGAACUCAUCAGGGCUCUCGUGGGCCUUGCCUCUGGACAGAGAACCUCCGGCUCCUGGGCUCUGCUCAGGCAGCCUUUCACAAAGGCUUUGUUGCCGCCAACAAAGAACAACCUUGAGUGCUGUGGCUGGUUCCCCAAGGAUGGAAAAGUACACAUGUAUACCCAUUGUCCUCCUUAACUGUGAAUCUCUGGAUCUUCCAAGUUUUGCAUGCUGCAGGCAUCUAGGACAGAUUGCUUCCACUAGAACCCGGAGACAUAGUGUCUUUGAUAGCAUAAGCGAGAUUAUCUGUCUGUGUGGUGGCGUGUGUGUGUGUGAAUGUGCCUACAGCAUAUGUAUUAGUUUAUUUACCCACAGCAGCUGUAUAUGCUUGCAUAUACAACCAAGUGGGUAUACUUAUGUGUUCAUUCAGAGGGGUGUGUGUGUGUGUGUGUGUGUGUGUAGAAUAUAUAUUACUCUCAGAGGAGAUUCUGUUGCUUUUGAAUAGGAAUUUGUUUUGUGAUUAGUUCCUCCCCUUUCCCCACUCCUUAACAGAUGUUAAGCAGCUAUGAAAUAUUCUCUGUAUUAGCUCUGGUCUCCUUUUGAUUAGACCGUGGCUCUGAACCCUGAGAUAGACCACGCACCCUGUGGGCGCUCAAUAAAUAUACAUGAGA